AUGAGCAGUCUUUGGGGUGUCUUUUUAAUUGUUGCCUGCUUUACAGUGCCUCUCGCUGCCAUGUUCUCUCGGAUAUAUGCCAGAAACAUAGACUUUGAUGAUAAAAAGUCGGAACAAGAACACUUAAGAGAGUAUUUUAUAUCGUUCAAAGACUGCGCUGAGAAGUGUCGGGAAGAUUGUAGGGUGUUUGGUUAUAAUGAUAGAUUGAAGAAGUGCCGGCUCCACAGAAAACUCAACAUGUCGUCAGCUACAAAGGAGGAGGGCUGGAGAUACUUUGAUGUUCUCGCCACAGACUGUCAGGAUAUUCUUUAUCAAGGUCUCAAUAAUAGCGGCGUGUACGACAUCUACCCUUAUGGGAUCAGUUCUAUUCCAGUCAAGGUGUUCUGUGACAUGGAUACAAUGGGAGGGGGAUGGACGACAAUUCAAAAACGGAUGGAUGGAUCCGUGACCUUUGACAGUAACUGGAUAAAUUAUAAAAAUGGGUUUGGUUCAUCGGAAGCGGAAGUCUGGAUUGGUAAAUAG